AUGUCGUCGGCGAGCAUCGGAAUGGCGGCGUGCGCCGUCUCGUCGCUCUUCUUUGGAUCCAUGUUCGUGCCGAUCAAAUCGUACGACACCAGAGACGGUUCGCAUCCCUUUUCAGCAAAAAAAUAUCAGUUUUUCCUGCAGGAAUAUUCGCCCAGUGGAUGAUGUCGAUCGCCAUCCUCCUCGUCGGAUUCGCCGUUUUCGUCGCCACCGAAUUCCCCGGAUUCUACCCGUUGGCCAUGCUCGGAGGAGCUUCCUGGUGUCUAGGUGCGCACGAAAUACGAAGGGAAUCUGAAGAAUUUCUGAAAAUUUAAAUAAAUUGACACAUGUAAUGCGUCGUCAAGUAUUACAGGAAACGCGACGGCGAUCCCGAUCAUAAACCGGCUGGGACUGGCCGUCUCGAUCCUCAUCUGGAACACGACUAACUGUCUGACGGGCUGGGCGGGCGGCCGCUUCGGACUGUUCGGCAUGAAGGCGUCCGUGCCAGCGAGCCCCACCCUCAACUACCUGGGACUCGUCUGCGUCGUCCUCGGAGGAUCCCUCUUCGCGCAGGUCCGCUCCGAACCGGCGCCCGCCAAGAGUGCCAGAAGAGCGGAUUUCGACAUGGAACAGAUGGAUUCGGAGGAGAAGAAGGCACUGAAGACGGGCGAAUCGAGCGAAGAGAACGAGGAGCAGAUUGCCGUCAAGAAUCUGAAUUCGGGACCGCAAAGGCUCAUGUACGCAGAAAUAAGUUUAUAUAAUCACAAUAUCUGUUCUGUUUUCAGUGCGUUCUUCGCCGCUCUCAUCGCCGGAGUCUUCUACGGAAUGACAUUUGUGCCGGUGAAUCGGAUGAUUGACAAUCCCGAAUUGUAAGUUUAAACCAGUGGCCAAAUUAUAUUUAUUUAUGAACGAAUUCGACAAUUCGACUCGAGGAAUUCGAGGAUUCUAGGCAGUGGCGGAGAGCGGAAUAGUGACGGUUCCGGCGGGAGUGAGUGCGGCGAAGGCGGCCUGCGCGUCGGUCGCGUCGGCGGGAGCGGGCGCGAAGUGGAUGACGAGCUUGUCCUCCUUGGCGGCGCCGGCGGUGCGCGUCACAGUGAUGUCCGUGGAUCCGGACGGCUCGACGAAGCCGAAGACGGGCGUGAUGCGGUACUCGUUGUUGUUCGACGACUUGAUCUUGAAGAUGAGCUUCUCGGCGCCGCCGUUGACGAGCUUGUGGACGGAGGAACCGCCGGCGGCCGGCACCGUGCAGGCUGGUGGAUCCGCUGUCAGAGACAUCGUUGUCGCUUUUGUUCGGUGCUAACUCUAGCAAGUUAUGGACGUUUCGUCGCUUGCCAUCGCCCAUUUAUAGUCGGUUUAUCAAGAUGCUCCACUGACUUUUGGGGCACCCGGGGGAGGGAGUCAAGGAAAACUAAUUUUCACGUUACAUGCAAUUUUGUUUUCAGGUAUCCGGGAGUGCCACAAGAGGGCAUCUCGUACGUCUUCUCGCACUAUUUCGGAAUUUUCCUCACUUCCACCGCGCUCUUCGUCCUCUACUCCAUUUUCAGGUGAGUUGCGAGGACGUCCCUGCGUGCCAAACAUUCUUUUUUGCAGACGGAACAAGCCGUACGCGCCGCCGACGCUGUUCCUGCCGGGAAUGGCGGCCGGCUGUCUGUGGGCGGUCGCGCAGACGUCGUUCUUUAUCGCCAAUCAGCACCUCUCGCAGACGGUCACCUUCCCGAUCAUCUCGCAGAUGCCCGGCUGCAUCGCCGCCGCGUGGAGCAUCUUCUACUACCGCGAGAUCCGCGGCCGCCGCAACUUUGUGCUCCUCGCGUGCGCCAUGUGCAUCACGAUCACCGGCGCCGUGCUCGUCGGCCUCUCCAAAACGAUCCAAUUCUAG